CAGACCUCGCCGUCCAGCUUGUUCAUUUAUCCCGCUUCGUCGGUGGACGCCAUCCCAUAAUUCUUCUCUUCUCUUUCUGAUUCAAUUCACUCGUUAUCUUGUUAUUUUUGUUGCCGGAUUUGUUCUAGCCUCCCUCCAAGCGGGCCCCCCUUUUUUUUCUUCGCGUCACUCGUUUCGCAUUCACUCCUUGUCGACGGCAACUUUGCGGGAGCCAGCCACAGCCGCAAUCCCUUCACGCCAGAGAUAUCAAUCAAGGCAAAGGGGAGAGAAGGACUCAUCAGCGUCACCAUGUCCGGAUAGCUCGUAGGGUGUUGUACUCUGUAAUUCUCGUCGAUUCGUUACCCCGGCCAGCCAGCGUCCGUCAACCGAAGCUCCAAAACAUUUCCUCCCUUGCCCGCUGGGUUUCCUUAGCUGGAGCAGCAAACGACAUCGCAAACCCGUCGUGGAAUUCAGCAAAUACCGGAGACGGUGAUCUGGACCCUAAUCCUACGCCUAUACUCUCGCCAUGGCUGCCAAUUGCAUUUCCCUGAAGGAUUCGAAGGCCUGUCCCGCCUUCUCCAAUGCGGCUGUCUCAAUGAGCCCGGAAAACAUUGCCAAAUUUUCUUUUCUCUCGUUCGUUUCCAAUACCCAAGAGUUCGAUGAGCGCCUGUACUCAUAUGCGAACAGCGAAUAUGUGAAGAUGAAAUACCAGCAGGUACUUGGCUGUACUAAUGUCAACCUUAGCAAUACCUCUUCACUCUAUGCCAGAUAUACACUCAGCGUAAUUUGUAAUGGAAUUGUUCAGAGUUCAGCAGCAUGUGGAAGCUCACCUCCUCUAUGUGCAGAGUCUUGUGCACAAUACGCUACCAGUGAACAACUAAUUGCUGUCAAUCCCGAGCUUUGCGGCACUCCGAGAAAUGAUUAUAUGAAUGAGAUCAGAGCUGAUUUCACAGUCUGUUCGAACCCGAAGGAUGCGCUCACUGAUACUUGCAUCGCUGGUGACAAAAAUGAGCCAACUGAGUGCGGUUUUGCUCAAAACCUGCUAGGCCUCUGUAGCUUUUGCCAAGGAAGCACGGCCAACUCUACAGACUCUUGCUGCAUCAGCGCAGAUGUCACAGAUCGGUGCAAAGGACUCACUCUUCCGUCUGUCGGGCCGCUUCCUCCUCUUUUUCCUUCUCCGACAUCUUCACCACAUCCGUCGGAUGCAGCAGUUGCAUCAAACAGUACACUUUCUGGCGGUCAAAUUGCCGGAGUUGUUGUGGGGUCUGUUGUGGGACUAGCUAUGUUAGCUGCAAUUGGAGCUCUUCUCUUUAUAUGUUUGAGACGGAGGCGCGAGCAAACAAAGGCGCCCUCGCUAAACCAGCCGUCACCACAGCGAAAUAAUAAGACACCAAUGCAAUAUGUCCCUGGGAGUCGGAAUGGUGCAUAUGAGGUCCUCCCAGGCAGCCGUGUAGCCAGAAUGUCAGCUUUGCAGGCAAGCAGCCAUGACGAAUCUCCACCCCGUGCUGCUGGCGGAAUCGCAGCAGUAUCUCCGGGUCAAACCAAAUAUCACGAUUCUUCCGAUUCCGACGCAUUCGGGGAGAGUCCAGCACGGUCUAAGCGUGGACCACCCGUUACGGGCAAGAGAAAUGGGUCUCUUUCAAGUGCUUCUGUGUUGGCAGGGAACAGUGACACAGCCUCACCAAGGUCUGGGAGUGGUGGCCAUUAUUCCUCACCCGAAGGGAUGGCUAGUGGCCAAUCUGAGCAGCUUCCCUACUUCAGAGACUACUACUCGCAGGAUGAUAUCCACCCAAAUGAUAAGGUUGCUGUUCUAUGGGCAUAUCAGCCUCGUGCAGGUGAUGAAUUUGAGCUGGACAGGGGCGACAUGCUGAAGGUGGUGGGAAUUUGGGAUGAUGGAUGGGCAACUGGGGUCAGACUAAACGAAAGGGCCGAGGAUUACGAAAUAAACCGCAACCCACAGCGUGAUAGCGGUGUUUCUAACGGCUCAGCCAGAAGAGGAUCGUCUCCUCCACCGUCAGGCGAAAUCAAAGCAUUCCCGCUUGUGUGUGUUUGCCUACCUGAGCAUUGGAGGAAAACUAUCGAUGGCGAUGUCUCAGCCGAGACUCACGACGAUUCUUAACCCUUACUGCUACCAUAUUUUAUAGCGACACCGCCCUAUUUCACGGUCCUCAUUGAUGUCUUGACGAUUGCGCCUUGUUUCAUUUCUCUUCCCCCUUUUCGCUUUCUUUUUUUCUGGCGUUUAUUCAGAAGGCGGUUGAAUAUUGGUUCUCCAGCUGUUAACCCGUUGCGCGAAUUGCGUCUACAUCGCAAAUUAUACUCAUCGUUCCUACGCGACUCUAUUACAUCUUAACCUACCCGACGAAAUAAAAGCCUCACGCUGCUGCGCUGGCCCCCGUGCCCUCGCGCCCUAAUUUCCCUCCUUCAUGAUUUACCACUACACAUAUUUGUUUAUAUAUGUCCCCCAAGACGCUAUAUCGCCAGGCUGCAGGGCUCUUAUCUUCUCUUUCUUUUAUUUUCAACCCCCAGAUCUUACUGAUCUGACUUAUCUUGUUUCAG